CCACGACAUCAUUCUCUACUUGAGACGAGCCAGCUUCUGUCUUUGCCUCAUCUGGGACCCCACCACUUCCUCCCUUGCCCUUGCUUUUCUUUCUGCUGGACAUUAGUCUCGCGGUGAGACGGGAACGAGAGGAGAACCUUAGCUGCAAGGGUCGCGGUGUGCGUUAAUUAGAGUAAGGGGCAGGGAAAAUCCCACGCUACCAUAGCAACCGCGGUUGGUCACCGGAUUUCGGACGGAGAAGACAAAAUGUCUGAAGUGGAGGAGUCGUUGAAGAGGAUCCAGUCUCAUCCCGGAGUGGUUGGAGUCGUCAUUGUCAACCAAGAUGGUAUUCCCAUUAGGACGACAAUGGACAAUGCUACGACAGUGCAGUAUGCAGGGCUGCUGCACUCUCUGGCAGCCAAGACAAAGACAACAGUGAGGGACCUGGAUCCGAGCAACGAACUCAUGUUCCUCCGGAUCAGGACCAACAAACACGAGAUCAUGGUGGCCCCUGACAAGGAGUAUCUGCUGAUAGUCAUUCAGGACCCAUGUCAGUCCUAA